AUGCCCGCAGGCGCAACUCAAUCCCAAGAUGACUCCCAAGCACCGCUCCCCAAAGGCGUUGUGCUCGACAAGGAUGGCAAACCCUGCCGAACCUGCACCUCCGUCUCCUCAUGGCUUGCUAUGACGAAGCAAUCCAAAGGAAACACAACCAGCUCCAGCUCAACACCCACCACAACCUCACAGGCUCCUUCCCCACGUCCUGAUUGCCCACCGGAUGUCGAAGCUCUCGGCCGCUCCACCUGGACCCUCCUGCACUCGAUGGCAGCCACAUACCCCGAGACAGCCAGCACCCAGCAACAAGCAGACAUGGGUGGUUUCUUGAAGCUCUUUUCCAAGCUGUACCCAUGCUGGGUAUGCGCGGACGAUUUCCAGGCGUGGAUGGCGCACCCAAGCGGGCAGAACAAGCCGAAGCUGAAGGGGCGCAAGGAGUUUGGGUGGUGGAUGUGCGAGGCGCAUAACGAGGUGAAUCGCAAGCUCGGGAAAAAAGAGUUCGAUUGUCGGCUAUGGGAGGAGCGGUGGCGGACUGGAUGGAAGGAUGGGAGGUGUGACUGA